AUGACUGAGGCACAGCGUGUGAAAGCGCUGUUGGAGAGCCUCCCAUCGGUCUCCGCGCCCAUAGACCGUGUCGCAUGGCUUAAUAACGCUUUAGCCACACAGGUGACACACACUGAGACCGGUGAUAGCUCUCCUUCGUUGGCUCUGGCGCAUUUGCAGACCCUGCAAGAGGAUGUCAUCGCAGCCACGACGCAAGUGUCCACACAGAUCAAUUCUCUGAUCCAAGCUGCGACGGCCGCUGUACCCAAAGCGACCCAGCAGUCUGCACGUGUUACUGAAGAGGUUACGUCUCUGCAGGCGGAAAUGCAUGCCUUGCAACUCACCUACCACGAGCUUUGUGUGCCUGCGAAUCCGGACAAGGUAGCUGUAUCAACAGCGCUAGCUCAUGUCUAUGAUCUAGCUCAAGUUAAGGCACGUAUGCAGCGUACUCGCGAUAUGCUGCAGGCGAUCGAUUCAUGGCCUUUAUUCGAAGCGGAUAUCCAGUCCUAUGUGCGCGAUGCCGAGUAUGAGCAUGCUGCUCAGCGCUUAGUGGAUGCUACUCAAUCACUAUCCCACUUUGAUGCGAAUGAUCCACAUGUGGCUACACAACAGAGUUUGAUCGCCAAACUUGUCCAGCAGCUGGUAGAUGCAGCUUCACCAGCCUUGGCCGAUGCUAUUACGGCUCGCGACAUGGAUCGUAUUUGCUCCAUGGCACAAGUAUGUGAUCUCGUGCAUGAAGAAGAGCGAGUGCGUACGAUCUACUUCCAAACGCGGGCUGCCUCUGUCUUGUCGGCAUGGAAUGACCGCUUGUCUUCGCUCGAUACACUCGAAGCCAUUUCGCACUUGUGCACACACAUCACAGAGCUGCUCACGGAGGAGACGAGUGUAUAUGCACCUGCUCUUCUUGGUGGCGCACCUUAUGCCGCAGAACUGCUUACCUAUAUAUGGCACCACCUCGAGCCGGCAUGGCCGCCCUACCUUCAGCAACGUGAUACGGCGUUGCCUGACGUAGUAAAUGCCAUGCAACGUAUACGCACAGCUGCGACCACAUGGACCACGCAGCUGAAAGGAUCUCUCUCUACGCCUCGCUUGCGUUUGGACGCAUCGAGGGACUGGCGAGAUGCUAUCUUAUUGGCCUUUGUGCCCUACCAGACUCAGUAUGGGUCGUUGGAGCAUGCUUGCCUACAACGGGCGUGGGCCGAUACACAGUCCGCCUUAGCCGCUCGUGUUGAUCGGAUUUGGGUCGAUACAUUGGCAAAAGAUGAGGCGCCAUGGUCCAACUGUGCUACACAGCUCUUGACGUGCUUACAUGACCAGGUGGCGCUAGCGGAACACGUUCAAGCUGAUGCCCUGCACCGGAUGUAUGCCUUGACAAAUGGAGACGGUUUGCCCGCUGUUGCUUCUGGCUUGUCGGAGGCCUUGUACCCCGCGCUCAACCGACGCCUUGCUUCCAUCCUUGAUACCCUACGUACGCGUUACCGGCAGCAUGCACAUACCUCAGCGCCACCGCCUGCCGACAUUCUGGCAUCUGAUGAUAUGGAAGAGCGGCAUGACUGGCAGCUGGUCCGUGCUGCUGCGCCCCUGCUAGGUGUGGCCAAAGCCGUGGAAACCGUGCCUUUGGGAGCAGCGCGUAUCGUCACGUCGCAUACGCGGGCAGAUGAUGUACUCCUAGGCCCCUCAGCUCUGCUCACGCAGCUCGAAUGCGAUAUGGAUAACGAUUUGGUCCUUCAAGCAGCACAGCGUCUCCUCCUUGAGUUCAUAUUGACUGCGUUCCGGCAGCAUUUGGAAGCGUAUGGGUCCCACGGAGCAUGGUCAGCCCCGCCAGCGGCUGUAGAGACGCGUGUCCGUGUCCCAUCGUUUAGUCGCAGCCCUACCGAAGGUAUGGUACAUUUAGGCGAAGCUCUUCUCAACCUGCCUCGCCUUUUGGAGGCCCUGAUCGAGCAUGAGUUAAGCCACUUUGCCUACCACGUGGACAUGUUGCCAUAUGCGCAUGACGAUGAGGGUGCGACAACGCGAAGCGCACGCAAAUCGACACCCCGUUCUUUCUCCUUCCACGACCUGACACAGACGCCAGCGGCGGCGGCCGAAUCGACGACCUCCACGACUUUGUCAUCGUCGUUGGACCAAGUGCUAUCGCUCUGGCUUCGGUCUUUGACACGGACCUUGCUGGUAUCGUUCGAACAAGAUACAUUGCCUAUGAUUGUACGAACGCCGGGCUAUGAUCGUGCCCAGCUAGCCGCGGAUGUCGAGUAUUUGGGCACAAUGGCUUCAGCGCUUACAGCGUCGUCGCCCCUACUGCGUGAAUGGGCGGAGGUGUUACAGAUGAGUGCGGAUGAGGCUGCCGCCUUACCGACAGGUAGUUUGCUUCGCGCUUCUGCGGCGUUUCAGGCCGUAUGGCCAUCGAUGUAG